AUGUACAUUUUCUUGCUGCCACUCUUAGUGGUGCGAACCGGGGCCUAUCGGCGGACCAUCUUGGAGAGAACUGAGUGGAAGGAUCUCCGCGUCGAACUCUGGACUUGGAACUCGGGCAAAGCGAACUUGCAGCAGGAAGCGGACCGUUUGGCGGCCACCAAUGCAGACAUUCUGGUCACUUGCCAGACUGAAGCCACUGCUGAUAUCUCGACAUUUUUGAAGGAGGAGUGGACGCUCUUGGCUCAUGGAGAACAUUGGGGUGCCGCGGGCGGGGCCAUCAAUGCACAGAUCGCGAAUGCGUUUCUGCGGACGCCACUGGAUGGGUUCAACUAUGUGAUAGAUGCUUCGAAGGCCUAUUCAAAGUUGUGGAGACAGGACGUGGGCCCAAGGACCACGCUUCGUCGGCAAAGCUCCGGCUAUUUCAACGAUCUCCUUCAUGCCAAAGCACAAGUGAUUGCCACCGACUACAAGGGCAAAGGCGGUAUCUCUAUCGAGCUGGUCUUCCCCAGUUAUCAGGACCAGAAAGACUUGCGCCUGGACUUUGUUUGUGCCCAUUUGGACAGUGAGAUGAACGAGAAGCGGCACUUUGGCGUGGCGGAGCUCCUGUCCCGAGUCCGCUCCGAUGAUGUGGACGUGGCCUCCAACAUCAGGAGUGAAGCCUGCGGCAAAAAAGGGGAUCUGCGCCAGCCGUGUGCCCUGUUUGACCGGGAGCUACCGAGCUGCAACGUGACGGAGGGAAGUCACCUCCCACCUCCACCGGAUGCCGUCUUCCUGUUCGGUGACCUCAACUAUCGUUUGAAAAAGACUGGGCUGGAAGAUAUGUCCCAGGCCUGGCUCCUUGACUGGACCAAGCGUGAAGCACUUGGACAUAACGAUCACUUGGUGAAUGGUGCAGAUCCCCUGGUCAAGGAGCCAGAGAGUGGGGGCUUUGGCUUCACGUGCAACAAGCCUUUUGCUUUGUACCCACCGACCUACAAGCGCAAAGGCGGUCAGGUGCAUUGGGAGAAGACCAUUGAGUUUUCCAAGUUUCACAAUACAGCCUUGGAUGAUGCGCUGCAUGCCACCAUGGGUCUGGAGAUUGAGAUCACCAAUAGCACUGGUGGAAAGCUGGACAUAGACGCCUUGCUAGAUCCGAAGAAGAUCUUGGAGGCGCCGGCGUUCCCCAUCACGGUGAAGACAAAGCCUUUUGAGGCGUGCAGCAAAGUGGGGAAAGCCUUGAGUCAGUGUGGGCAAGUAAAGCAGCCAGAAUGCAAGGAAUGGGUGCUUGCGUUUGCGAAGCAGUGCUAUCGGAAAAAGGAGGACAAAGCUUUAAUGGAUAAGUAUGGCCUCGAACGUUGGGCAGUAAAGAAGGAUGACCUUCAGCUGGGCUGGUUGGACCGCUUCUGCUUCCGGGAAAUCAAGAGGGAUUCAACUCUGAAGGUCUCCCUCCUGGGGGAAGCAGGUUGGAUGGAUUAUCCAGGGAUCAAGGACAAGCAGAAUGGCUCGGAUCACAUGCCGGUCGCUGCCACGUUCUUGGUCUCCUCGACCACAUGCAAUUGCCCGAAGGUGAAACGGAAUAUGAUGAUCUCUGGAUGUCAGGUGGCGGACAGCGGAGUGCUACGCUUCGGCGAGUUGUCGGUUGUCACAUGCAAAUCUGGCUACGCUUUAGAUACCAGGCAGAAAAGUGAGAUCAUCAAGUGUGGCCAGUAUGGGAAGACGGAGGUGCAAGGAGACGGGCACUUGACCUUCGACGCUUUGAAGUGUGUGAAGGUCUGCGAGGCACCAUACCAAGCUCCGAGCUCCAUACCCUCAUCCCCAUUCAGCCCUCCCGAGGGGCUGGUCUUGGAGGGUGACGAGGUCAGGGCCAAAUGUCGCCCACGAAACGGCGGUCAAAUGCCCUUGAGCUUGGGAGAAAGCCGCAUGCGGUGUGGGAGUGAUGGACUGUUCCGCCCGAUUGGCAAACCUCCAAUCUGUGCGCCCACUUGCAAAAACAAUUUCGACAAAGCUUACUUUUUGCUGGAAGAACGGCGGGCUGCUGCGAACGAGAUCCUGUCGGAGUAUGCUACCGAGGUGAAUUCAAAGCUUGCAUGGCAGCCUAUGAAGGUGGCGGAGGGCGGCUUCUUCAAGUACUCCUGCAGGAACGAGUGCAUCACCAUGGGUAACCGGAAGCAGACCUGCAUGGACGGCCUCUUGGAUGGGCACGGCCAGCAGAUGUUUUGCGGAUGCCUUUUGGAACUCAGACUUACCAAAAUGGUCUUUGACGACUCCUGGAUGAAGGAUGAGGUUCAGAAGAUCAAGUUGCAGCUCUACAAAGGUCCCCUCACAGAGGACCAACUACACCAUGUUCGGAGCAGCAAGGGAUACCUCAGUCAGCAGAAGUUCCACCUGGAGGAUGUCGGGAAAGAACAGCUCAUUCUGUCUGCGAUCCCUUCGAAAGAAUUGGAAAUACAUUUGACUGUUUGCUCGAGACAUGGCAAGAGAUCCCUUUUCUCCAGCUGUGGCAUCUUUGCAGAGACCUCGGCCGAUUCCCUGAACCUGGUGCCGUUCAUUGAGGGUGGCAGCUCGCACACGGGCAACUUCGACUUACCAUUGGCGGUGAAGCAUCAAGAAGGUGCUGAGCUGAAGGCUUCACGGGUCACCCUGAGCUUCAGUUUCAAUGCUGCGGCCCAUAUCCUGGACGGCGAGAAGUUGGGACCUCCCGAAGGCAUCAGCGUUUGCGAGAAGAGCACUGCAUGGCAAGUGGCAUUGGAAUUGCUGCGCCGGACUGUCACGUCUGCGGUCAAGGCAGACGUGUACACAUACAGUGCCACGAUCAGCGCGCUUGAAAAGGUUCAACGAUGGCAGGAAGCCUUAUGUUUGUUGGAGGAGAUGAGCACAAGGAGCUUGAAGCCAAACCUUAUCACUUUCAACGCUGUGAUCAGUGCAUGUCGGGAAGAAUGGCAGCAAGGCCUCUUGAUUCUGGCAAGAAUGCAAGAGGAAUCCUUGCAACCGGAUUUGAUAACAUAUGCUGCUUCCAUCAGUGCGUGUGAAAGCUACAGCCGCUGGGAUCUUGGAUGCGCCUUGCUAUGUGAGCUGCACACCACUUCCCUGCAGGCGGAUGGUGUGGUGUACAAUGCAACCAUCAGUGCCUGUGAGAAGGGAGGCGAGUGGCAGGUAGCUCUUGAGUUGCUCCGGGAUAUGAAGGAGAUGGCUGAUGUCAUUUCCUACAGUGCAGUCAUCGGCGCCUUAGAAAAGGAUGGGAACUGGCCACGAGCCUUGCACCUACUGAUGGAGCUUCCAUGCUUGAGACUACAGCCAGACCUAGUGGUCUUCAAUGCCACUGUGAGUGCUUGUGCGGCGUGCAUUUGCUGGCGACAGGCUUUGUCCUUGCUGGAGCUGACCCGACGACACCAUGCACCGAAUUUGAUCACCUACACAGCCGCCAGCAGCGCUUGCACCAAGGAGAUGAAGUGGCGAGAAGCAUUGGAGCUUAUGAAACAACAAGAGAAGGAGGAUUUGCCACCAACAGUCAUCACCUAUGGAGGUGCCAUUUCUGCCUUAGAAGAGGCAACACAGUGGCAACUAGCUUUGCAGCUUUUAGUGAAGCUGAAGUCAUGGAUCGUCCGGAGACCGGUCCCUGGACAGACGCUGCAGAGGUGUGAAAUGGGAGUUGGAAACGUGACUGAGGUGGAGAGCAGAGGACUGACUGGAUCGAAUCCUAGUGCAUGA